AUGGGUAGGCCACCGUGUUGCGAGGAGACUGGUGUGAAGAAAGGGCCUUGGAUGCCCGAAGAAGAUGAGAAGCUUUUCAAUUGUAUCAGCAAACAUGGCAGCGGAAAUUGGAAAACAGUUCCAAAGCAAGCGGGCCUUAAUAGAUGCGGCAAAAGCUGCAGGCUAAGAUGGACCAAUUAUCUCAGGCCUGAUAUCAAGAGAGGCAAAUUCACUGAAGAAGAGGAGAAAUUGAUCAUCAAACUUCACUCUGUUCUUGGAAACAAGUGGUCGAAGAUUGCAACGCAUCUUCCAGGGAGGACUGACAACGAGAUUAAGAAUCUCUGGAACACCAACUUAAGGAAGAAGCUUCUCCAGAUGGGUAUUGAUCCAGAAACUCACAAGCCAAGAACUGACUUGAAGCAUCUCUUGAACCUCUCGCAAUUUCUUGGCGUGGCUAAUAAUAACUUGACGAGCCAUUGGGGCCAUGCGGGUCUGGGUUUACAGCAACCAGAUGUGACUCAUCAGUUGGUCCAAAUCCAACUUCUGCAGAAUCUGUUGCAGCUUAUGAAUGGCAGUUCAUCGUUGCUCAGUAACAUGCAGAGUAGUCUCGCACUCUUGGGCAAUCACAGUUUGAUCAGUAACCCAGUGGAAGCAGAUACAAAUGGUCCAAACAGUACUCUCCCCAACAACUUGAGAGAUCAAGAAUUAUAUGCAAGCCCUGCUCUAUUUCCUUCGGCACCAAAUGAAUCACGCCAGGAUAUUUCAGAAUCAUGGACAGACAUAGAAGGAGCAUCAUCAGAUCAAGAAGUUUCGGGUACCAAUAAUAGCCUCCCCGGAACAACAUCACAUGACAUAAGGCAAGCAAAAAACCUACUUCCAACGUUUGACUCGGCCUCCUUCAACCAUAUGGAGAUUAGCCCUAUCACAGAUGAAGUGUCAACCCAGUCAAUUUCAUCCACAAUCUUUGAUACUGAUUGGGAGAAGCUCUUGGUAGAUGAUGAUACAAGCGAUUCCUUCUGGAAAGAACUCUUAGACUUGACGUCCACUUCCGCAGCUUGAUCAUGAACUAAAGGCACAGGAGGGAUACAGUUAAUACAUCG